AACUUCUUCAAAAUGGUGGAGAGCUUCUUCGACUGCAGCACCAGCCUCGUGGAGGACAAGCUGGUGGAGGACCUCAAGACCCCGGACAGCAAGGAACAGAAGAGGAACCGGGUGUGUGGCAUCCUGAGGAUCAUCAAGCCCUGCAACCAUGUGCUGAGCCUGUCCUUUCCCAUUCAGCAUGACGACGGCUCCUGGGAGGUCAUCGAGGGCUACCGGGCCCAGCACAGCCAGCACCACACGCCCUGCAAGGGAGGUAUCCGUGACAGCACUGAUGUGAGUGUAGAUGAAGUAAAAGCUCUGGCUUCUCUGAUGACAUAUAAGUCUGCAGUGGUUGAUAUGCCAUUUGGGGGUGCCAAAGCUGGUGUUAAGAUCAAUCCCAAGACCUAUACUGAUAAUGAGUUGGAAAAGAUCACAAGGAUGUUCACUAUGGAGCUGGCAAAGAAGGGCUUUAUUGGUCCUGGCAUUGAUGUGCCUGCCCCAGACAUGAGCACAGGCAAGAGGCAGAUGUCCUGGAUUGCUGACACCUAUGCUAGCACCAUAGGGCACUAUAAUAUUAAUGCCCAUGCCUGUGUUACCAGUAAGCCCAUCAGUCAGGGUGGAAUCCACGGAUGGAUCUCUGCUACUGGUCGGGGAGUUUUCCAUGGGAUUGAAAACUUCAUCAAUGACGCUUCUUACAUGAGUAUUUUAGGAAUGACACCAGGAUUUGGAGAUAAAACAUUUGUUGUUCAGGGAUUUGGUAAUGUGGGCCUGCACUCUAUGAGAUAUUUACAUCGUUUCAGUGCUAAAUGUGUUGGUGUUGGUGAAUCUGACAGGAGCAUAUGGAAUCCAGAUGGUAAUGACCCAAAGGAACUGGAAGACUUCAAAUUGCAACAUGGAACAAUCCUGGGCUUCUCCAAAGCAAAGAUCUAUGAAGCGAGCAUCCUGGAGGCAGACUGUGACAUACUGAUCCCUGCUGCCAUCGAGAAGCAGCUGACCAAGUCCAAUGCACCCAGAGUCAAAACCAAGAUCAUUGCUGAAGAUGCCAACAGACCGAAAACUCCAGAAGCUGAUAAGAUUUUCCUAGAGAGGAACAUCAUUGUUAUUCUAGAUCUCUAUGGAGGAGUGAUAGUAUCUUACUUUGAGUGGCUGAAGAAUCUAAAUCAUGUCAGCUAUGGCCGUUUGACCUUCAAAUAUGAAAGGGAUUCUAACUACCAUUUACUCAUGUCUGUUCAAGAGAGUUUGCAAAGGAAAUAUGGAAAGCACGUUGAAACUAUUCCCAUUGUACCCACAGCAGAGUUCCAAGACAGGAUAUUGGGUGCCUCUGAGAAAGACAUUGUGCACUCUGUCUUAGCUUACACCAUGGAGUGCUCUGCCAGGCAAAUCAAGGGCACAGCCAUUAAGUAUAACCUGGGAUUGGACCUGAGAACAGCUGCCUAUGUCAACGCCAUCGAGAAAGUCUUCAAGGUGUACAAUGAAGCUGGUGUGACCUUCACAUAGACUGGACCGGACUGCAGCU